AAAUUUGAAAUUAUAAAUUAUACAGUAAUAAAUAAUAAUCUAACGGAUUAUGUGCGCAGAAACUAUGAAAGGAUCAUGGUAGGUACCUAUCUAUAGUAGCGCGAGAAGGAACUUUGAAAUUGACUAACGAAAGAAGUGAGGGAGCAUUAAAAGAAUUAUUCUGUGAUAACAAAUUUGUUACACGGCAUAGUAUAUAGGCAAUAUAGGUACAUCUGUGCAUGGGAUAUUAACGUGGACACUCUUUGUAAAUAAUAUUUUGUACCAUAUCAGUUAUCAUGACAUGCAUUUCUUAGUUUGGAGUCUUGGUAAGUAUUAUUAUACAUAAUUUAUGUUUGUAUAAUACAUAAUUUGUUGUUUAUAAAUGGUUGCUAUUGGAUUAUAGGAGAAAUAAUUAGUAGAAAUAAAUGUAUUGUUGGUAGUCAUAAGUUAUUCGGACAGUCAGAGCCGGCGCAAAUUGGACCCAGCCCAUGUACACGCCACGCGCAGCACACGCGUGGACUAUUUUGUAGAACGUUGAUUCAGACGGAGUGGCGCAUAUUAAACCUAUCCCACGGCCAGUACAGUUCCAGCCUGUGUUCGCAUGGGUAAAGUUGUGCUUUCAACACAGUUUCGUGGAUCAUGGAAAAAUUAAUUGAAAUUGUUAGAGGCUUUCCUGUUUUGUAUGAUACUUCUCAUGAAGAUUAUAUGAGAUCAAAACUGAAAGAUGAUUUGUGGGAUAAGAUAGCUAAAGAAUUAAAUACGUCAGAAAUACCAUCAGCCCAAGCUGCUAAGGAUCAAUGGCGAAAGCUAAGAGAAUGUCAUAGAGAAGCUCUUCGGAGACAACAAAAAAAAAGUGGGCAACAGGCAACACAUGUUAGGCUAUGGACGUACCAAAAACAAAUGGAGUUUCUCCAACCUUUUAUGAAAAACAGAAAUACUGUUGGAAAUCCCACUUCACCCCUUGAAGAAAGUCAAUUGGCCACUUUACCCUGUGAAGAAAGUCAGUUGGAAAAGUUUGAUAUUCCACCAUCUGAUGAACCCAGAAUUGAAGCAACAAAUGGCGAACCAACCGAACCUUCUGAAAAUGUCACCCGUAAAAGAUUUAAAAAAUCCACGAUUUCUAAUGAUCCUGUUAUGCGAAAGUUUAUUGAGGAAAGUGACAAGAGAGCAAAAAAGAGGGAUGAUGAAUUACGUCAGAGUCUUGUUGCAGAAACACAAAAGCAAGAAGAAUUAAAAAAUGAUGCUUUGUAUCAGUUUUUUAUGUCUAUGUACAACAUCACUAAAGGUCUUCCAACAAAAUACCAAAGAGAAGUCAGAAGAAAUUUGUUUCAAGCUGUUUCUGAUGCCGAAGAUAAAGCUGAGGAUGAAAUCACAGACAAACGUGAAGUUAACCAAACUUAUCAGAUGAACACACAACGUGCUAUUUCAAUAACACCCCAGCCUACUAGUUCAUUAUCUUGUGCCUUAACGCAAGGAUACCCUGAAUUUUUUUCUGCAUCGAAUUCAACUUCGAUUCUUCAAGAACAUUUUAUGAUUUGUUAA